AUGGAUGGUGCUGGAAAUCAUAUCGGUGGUUUACAAGUUCUUCAUGACAAUCAAUCGAUUGAUGUGCCUCCCAUUCAUGGAGCUCUUGUAGUCAACAUUGCAGAUCUUCUACAGCUUGUGAGUAAUGACGAGUUCAAAAGUGUUGAGCACAGAGUUUUGGCAAACCAUAUAGGCCCAAGAAUUUCAGUGGCAUAUGUUUUUAGAACUCAUGAUCAUUCACCAGAGUAUAUGGAAAAAGUGAUUGGUCCAAUUAAAGAGUUGUUAUCUAAAGAAGUUCCACCAAUAUACAAAGAUAUUUAUUUCAAAGAGUUCUUGACUCAUCGUUAUGCAAAUGGUAUUGGAGUUUCUGCUCUAUCACCCUACAAGUUGUGA